UAUGCUACUGCUCAAUGAUGCUUUGACGCCUCACGGUUUCGAGCAGUGUAUGUGUACGCGUAGAAAGUCGCAUAUCCCGUCGGCGAAACAUAUUGAACGUUAACUUGUAUUUUUUACGAUUAUUUGCAAUAAUAUGUCGAGCACCGAAGACGUAACUCUCAAGGGUGGACAUCCUCCUGCAGUUAAAGCCGGAGGUAUGAGAAUCACCCAACAUAAAAAUCCAGAAAAAGAAAGAGAAGUUAAACCUGUGAAAGAUUCUGAAGAAACAAAGCCUUCAACAAGUCCACCUAAAGCUAUAAUUGUUAGUGGUGUACAAACAAAAGGACAUGCUGACUUUCCUCCAGAAGCUAUUCAACAUUAUCAUGAGAAACCUAUUACAACUCAUGAUGCUCGUCCAGCACACAGUUCUCGUCCCAUUAUAAUCCAGCAGCCCAGGAAAUAGAUCAUAAGUUAAUAAUUUGUCUAAGUUCUCAAUGCAUAAAAAUUAUUUCAAUGACCAAUGGCCAUAAUAAGAACUAGAUAUUAAAUUUAUGAAUUAAUCUUGAGCAAAAUGUAUUUAUAUGAGUUUCUUAUAUUUAUCAACAAAAAAAAAUAACUGACAGUAAUCUUGAAUGUUUUUACAAAAUAAAGGCUGUUUAUAAGUGAGAAAUGAUGCAUUUAUAAAAUUUAACGAUGUUAAUAUAACUUUUGUAUGUUAUCUUACAUUUUUCAAUUUAAAAAGUUUUACAAAUACAUCAGUUAUUAAAAAAGUUUCUAGAUUUUAUGAAAGUUUAUAAUUGUUACUAUAAAUAUUAUUUUUGUCUACAAUUUCUUAUGAAUCGACUGUGAUUUUGAAAAAUUGUAGCCAGAUGUACUUACACUUUCUAUAAAUAGUAACAGAAAUUAACAUCAUACAAUAAAUACUUAGUAAACAAAAUAAAUAUCAAUAUUUUUUUAUAGUAUAUUAUCUAUUUUACUGUGAAUCCAACUAAUAUUUAAAAAAUAUAAAGUUGUACAUUUAUUAAAAUAAUAAAUAAUUUAAUUAAUAAAACAGUUUAUAAUCAUAAUCUUGUGGAACCUUAUAUGAACAUAAUAUGUUUGCAGAAACAGAAAAACA